CCUACCUCCCCCUUCCACCCCUCUCUCUCCCUCACUCCUCGUCCAUUCCUGCCUCGGUGCAGUUUUGAAUUUCCCUUGGCAACAUGGAGCUGCCCGAAUUAGAAUUCUCUGCAUGAGGGUGCUGUAAGAGUAUUUCCUGAGUACCGGCGUCAGGCUUCAUGUAAGCCAAUCAGCAGUGGAGUGCCGCACUGCAAUAAUGUGGAGAAGUCAUAGAUAACCGCUGCUGCUACGAAGGAGCGGACUCGCAUCUCUCACUGGAGCCGUCUGCUGAUUCAGCUCCCACAUGUGAGCAGCAGGAUGGUGACCGGGGAGGCCGGAGGCAACAACUACUUGAUGGCGUGUUGGCAGCCCAUCCUGGUCCUGCUGUUGGGCACCGUGCUCUCCGGCUCCACCACCGGCUGUCCCUCCCGCUGCGACUGCAACGCCCAGGAGCGCUCGGUGGUCUGCCACCGCCGGAGGCUGGCCGGUCUCCCGGAGGGCAUCCCCAUCGAGACGCGGCUGCUGGACAUCAGCAAGAACCGUCUCAAAAGCGUCGGGCCAGAAGAGUUUAUGAAUUACCCUCUUCUGGAGGAGCUGCAGCUCAACGAGAACAUCAUCUCGUCCAUCGAGCCCGGGGCCUUCAGCAACCUGGCCAACCUGCGGACUCUGGGGCUGCGGAACAACCACCUGAAGCUCAUCCAGCUGGGCGUGUUCACAGGCCUCAACAACCUCACACAGCUGGAUAUCAGCGACAACAAAAUAGUGAUUCUGCUGGACUACAUGUUCCAGGAGUUGUACAAUCUAAGGGCUCUGGAGGUGGGGGACAACGACCUGGUGUUCAUCUCGCCGCGCUCCUUCCAGGGCCUCAGCAACCUGGAGUCCCUGAACAUCGAGCGCUGUAACCUGGGCUCGGUGCCCACCGAGGCCCUGAGCCACCUGCACGGCCUGCUGUCCCUGCGCCUCCGCCACCUCAACGUCAGCGCCAUCCGAGACUACUCCUUCAAGAGGCUCUACCACCUCAGGCUGCUGGAGAUCUCCAACAUGCCGGCCCUGGACACCAUGACCGCCAAAUGCCUGUUCGGGCUGAACAUCACGUCGUUGUCCAUCACGCGCUGUAACCUCUCGGCCGUCCCCUACCAGGCCAUCCGCCACCUGGGUCACCUGCGGUUCCUCAACCUAUCCUUCAACCCCAUCCGCACGGUGGAGGGGAACCAGCUUCACAGCCUGCAGAAGCUGCAGGCCCUGCACCUCGUGGGGGGGAGCCUGGCCACCAUAGAGCCCUACUCCUUCCGGGGGCUGAAUCACCUCCGUGUCCUCAACGUGUCCAGCAACAGUCUGAGCACCCUGGAGGAGUCGGUCUUCCACUCCGUGGGGAACCUGGAGACCCUGGCUCUGUACGAAAACCCCCUGGCCUGCGACUGCCGCCUCCUCUGGGUCUUCCGCCGCCGAUGGAGGCUGAACUUCAACAGACAGCAGCCGACCUGCGCCUCCCCCCAGGCCGUGGAGGGGAAGGAGUUCAAAGACUUCCCCGACGUCCUCCCGCUGGACUAUUUCACCUGCAGGAAGUCGACCAUUGUGGACAACAAGAUCCAGGAGAGUCACGUGGACGAGGGAACCACGGUCCAGUUUACCUGCCAGGCGCAGGGCGACCCGCCCCCCGUCAUCAUGUGGCUCUCCCCCAAGAAGGAGUACGUGACCACCAAGACGGCGGGGUCCAGGCUCAGCGUGACCAGCGAGGGCUCCCUGGAGGUCCGCUACGCCCAGAUCAAGGACAACGGGACGUACCUGUGCAUCGCCAGCAACGCGGCCGGCAACGAGAGCAAAGCCGCCCACCUCUUUGUGCACAGCUACUCUCCCAACUGGCCCCACCUGCCCAACAAGACCCACGCCUUCAUCCUGAACCAGCCCAGUGACGAGGGCGCCAACGUGACCCGGGCCGCCGCCCCGUUUCCCUUCGACGUCAAGACGCUGAUCAUUGCCACCACCAUGGGCUUCAUCUCCUUCCUCGGAGUCGUCCUCUUCUGUCUGGUUAUUAUCUUCCUCUGGAGUCGAGGGAAAAGGAACACCACGUCUAAAAUAGAGGUCGAAUACGUGCCCCCGGCGGAGGACCUGGAGGAGGCCAGUCCCAACGAGCCGUCUGUGACUUUCAACAUGAAGAUCAUGUGACUCACAACGACUUCAGUCCACAAACUGCAUCGGGGCUCGGAAGCUCUCCUCUCAUGCAUCAUGUGUCAGAUUGGUCGAACUGAAAAGACGAACAGCAGCAAUUCGUCUACCCUAGACUGUUUACCUGCAGGAACAGAAUCGGUACGGACAUAGACACAACCUGAACUCUUUGUAUUCCUGUGGGUUUUAAUUGGCAAUAGCCUAUAAAAAGACCAGCCGGUGUUGCAAUGGACUUUUACGCUCCUUUAUACCAGCGAAGGGAGUUUGUCUUUAAACCUAUCUACAGUUUUAAUCUAUAUGUAUUUUUCUGUAUCUUGUUCUGUCCUUGUACUUUUUUGCAACGGCACAAUAGAAAUGCUCUGAAUGACGUUUUGUAAUUACAAGAGUCUAAAGAGCCAGGGUGAUUAUUUUGUGGUUAUUCGUUUGGAGAGUCCCUUUUGAUAAGUUUACAUAACAAGGACUCAAAAACUCAAAAGAUUGUAUUACGCAAGAUGUAUGUGAAGUGUGAAUAUCAUAGCUAUUUCAACCGUUUGAGAUGCGAAACAUUAGCACAAUACUUUCCAAUCCGGGAUAUGGAUUAUUUCAAGUGUGACUUAAAAAUUGAGAUUUUUAAUUUGAUGCCUUACGUUUCCAAAGUUACGGCUGUCAUCUGAGCAAUACAUUACGUUGAUGUGUAACACAUACUUCUAUGUAUUUUAAUGAUUUUAUGAUUUAAAGCUCUGGUGAUAUGUUAAAUGUUGAAAUACAUAUUUAAGGAAACAGGCAGAUGGCAAGUCUAUUAAAAUAAACAACAUUUUAUACUAAAAUGAUUAUUUUAUUGUAUGUUUCAAGAGUAAAAGCUGGGAAAUAUAUUUCGAGCCUUCUGACCCACUGGAAAGGCCUUUGUUCUUUGUCCAUGGAGGUCAAAAAACCUCCCAUUGGAGGAAUGUAUGUCUCAUUAUUCUUUAAACUUCUCGGCGAACAAUCCAUCGUAUCACAACCCAUACAACACAUAUCAGCAGAAUAUAGAACAGAGAGGUAUACGGUCUGUUGAUCCAUAAAAAACUGAUGUAGCGUGAUCCAUUUUACCAUUAAACUACAUCGCUAUUAUUGAAUAAGAGCCGUACCACAGAAAGGCUCUAAUCAGAAUACAGUCUGCAAGUGAUAACACACUCAUUAGAAUCGCCCAGAUUGUUGCUAAUACCGGUAAUGAUUGUGAUGAUCAGAUGUCCAGAAUCAGCCUCGGGCCAGGGAAGCUUCCCCACCUUGACACCUUAAUAAGAGUCUUUGACUGAGAAAGCUACAGAAUAGGAGCAACACACUGGCAGCAUAAAAGCAACAGAUCCAUCAGCCCAUGUUUAACGCAGCACUUCUCUAUUGUGCUGCGGAUGGCUGGCUGGCGACUGACUGUUUUCACCCUGCGCUAGUUGCCCACCUACACCCAAAAACACAUUCAAACCCGCCUUGGGGCUUUGGACCGCUGCGAGACCUGGUUCCUUUCCUCUGGAAAUGUGACAGACAGCUUAAGUGUAGGGAAGGUGCAUCCCAUGUCCAUACAGGCUGUGUUUAGUCUCCUGGCGUCUCUUUAGGCCACAGCCCAGUGCUCGGUGUGUUUCUGGUUCUCUGGAUCGCUGGACAGACAGGGGCGGUGAGUGGGAGGAAAACGGUAUUGCUUUCUA